ACCCACCAAAUGGAUAAGAGGAAGAAAGGAUCUUCUACGGAAUUGAGGCUGAUGUUGGUCGGUAGCAGUGGACAUUCCCAGUUCUUACUAACCAACGCCAUUCUUGGGAGGGAGGAGUUUUCUAAGGAUGUCAUCAGCAUUUCUGACAGCAGGAAGUAUGUUGGAGAACUGGCUGGUAGACGAAUGGCUGUGGUCAAUGGACCGAACCUCUACGAAAAGGAUAUAUCUCAAGUUAAGAGGAAGGUGGAGCUGAGAAGGUCUAAGUGCUUAUGUAUCCCUGGUCCCCAUGCCUUUCUUGUCGCCUUUGACAUGGAUAAAGUCUCCCCAGAUGACAUGAGAACCCCCAAGCUGAUGAUGAGACGUUUUGGAAGACACUGUCUGAGACACUGCAUGGUUCUCCUGGCCUUUGAAGGAAAUAUGGAGGAAGCUGUCUUGGAAGACAGGGUGAAGAAAACUGACUGGCACCUGAGAGAACUGAUUGAGAAGUUUGGCGGACGCUUUCAUGUUUUCAGCAAGAACUGGAGGGAUCGCAGCCGUGAUGGAGGGCUGCUGCAGAAGCUUGAGUUGAUGGUUGCCUCCUUAGGGGGAGGGCACUUCUCUAGCAAAACUUUCCUGAAAGCAGAGGACAAGGUGCGGAAGGAGGAAAAGAGGCUUAGAAAGCAGAGGGCAGCAGCGAAUGAGAAAGCGUGGACUAAGAUGGGGAAGCAAUACAUAUCGGAUGAGUUGUAUCCCCAGCCGGCUGCCUACACCACCGAUGAAGAGAUCAGAGCCAAGGCAGAGAUGGACAAUGGCUGGCUGAGAAAAUCCCUGGCUAGAGGGUUGGGGACAGGUUUAGUUGUGGGAACUGUCAUGGGUGCACUGUUUGGCUCUAUAGAGGGGCCAGGGGGGAUGGUUCUCUAUGGGAUCAUAGGUGGUGCAGUAGGUGGUUCAGCAGGAGGAACAGCCAUGGUGGCUACUAAGCAUAUAGAGGACAGAGUGGCCCCAACUGCGAGACUCAACUUCAACUCAAUCUUUAUCAAUCGCUUCUUUGCAGCUCCUCGUCAAUGA